ACUCUAACUCAUGAAUCCCUCAGAGGAACACGUCGCUAUUCACUGGACCCAUGGCUCGCCCUUCGAUACCCAGUGAAAAUCCCUUGCAGCCUCCGUCAUGACGCUCAAAUAUCGCUCGCCUUUUACCUUUUCAUCGCCGUUGCCUCGUGCCGUACGAAAUUUCUCCUCGACUGCGCGCACCCUCACCAUCAAGCCCAUCUCGCAUCUUCCCAAUCGCAUAAAGCCACUGUACGCUCAGAGCCCCCAAGCGACCUUACUUUCUCUGCAAUGGCCUUCACCCCCAAGAAAUAUACUCAUAACUAAGAAGAAACGAACACCCGGUAUCACCAACUCGCUCGUCGAAUAUGCCACCCACCUGUCCUCGACCUACCCCUCCAUAAAUAUUAUCCUCGAACCAGACUCGGCCACCGAAAUUCACGAAGCGCUACCGUUUCCUGUCUAUACAUAUGAGGGCGCCCCACCUAACGGCGUUCCCCCGCUUCUGUCUGACAAGACCGAUCUGAUAUGCACUCUUGGAGGGGAUGGAACCAUUCUGCGUGCCAGCAGUCUGUUCUCCCAUGCCCCCAAUGUUCCGCCCAUACUUAGUUUUGCUAUGGGCACCAUAGGAUUCUUGGGCGAAUGGAAGUUUGCUGAACACAAACGAGCAUUUAGAGAGGUGUACAUGAGCGGGGCAAGCGAUGCCUACGCUAAUCUUGAACUUCCUUCGUCGUCAUCUUCAGGUGUCACCUCUUCGGAUCCUUUAGAUCGGCCUUUGUCAUAUGCAGACAUCCGCGGCAAAGCUAUGGGAACAAGCCGCACAGCACGGAUCCUUCUUCGCAAUCGCCUCAAAGUCGGUGUCUUCGGUCCCGAUGGGGCCCGCAUCAACAGCUCCAUUGAUCGCGACACAUACGCUCUCAAUGAGGUUAUUGUCCAUCGCGGCAUCUCGCCGCACCUGAAGAUCGUCGAUGUCUUCGUCGGAGGCCGCUUUUUGACCGAAGGCGUUGCUGAUGGCAUGAUCAUUUCCUCUCCCACCGGAUCUACCGCCUAUUCACUGUCUUCAGGUGGCUCCAUCGUGCAUCCCCUUGUGCCCUCUCUGCUCCUGACCCCAAUCUGUCCGCGUUCGCUCUCUUUCCGGCCCUUGGUCCUUCCAGCAAAUACGCCCAUCACUUUGCGUCUCGGCGAGAAGAAUCGCGGUAGAGAGGUCGAUGUUAGCAUUGACGGCAGGCGCAUUUCAGAGGGUGUCGGCGUCGGUAUGGAAGUACGCGUUUUGGGUGAAGAGGUGAGGAAUGCCGAAGGUGAGUGGUGUGGUGGCGUUCCCAGUAUUGUCAGGGGGACCUCGGGGAUGGCUGGUGAAGCUCUGGAGGAGGAUCAUUGGGUAGGAGGACUCAACGCUUUGCUGAAGUUCAACUACCCUUUUGGGGAUCAGGACGCCGAUGGAAAACGUUAA